AUGGGUCAAAUGAAGUGGAGAACACUACCCUCCAGGUGCUCAUACCUCAAGCUCUUUCAGUGUUUGGUGCUGGCUGGUCUGUACUACUUCUCUUCAGGCAACAUCCAGGUGACCAAGCCAGUGAAUGAUAUAAUGAAGCUAUCCUGUGAUUACAACAUCUCCACCAAUGAACUGACAAGAGUUCGCGUCUAUUGGCAAAAAAAUAAUGAUAUGGUGCUGAGUGUCAUAUCCGGAAACGUGGAAGUGUGGCCCAAGUAUAAGAACCGCACCUAUAUGAACAGCAUCAGUAACCCUUCCAUUGUGAUCCUGGGUCUGCGUCCGUCGGACGAGGGCACAUACACCUGUGUCGUUCAGAAGCCUGAAAAAAAGGGGGCUUACAAGUUGGAACACUUGACUAAAGUGAUGUUAUCAGUCACAGCUGACUUUCCUGUCCCAAGUAUAACUGAUCUUGGAAACCCAGCUACAGACAUCAAAAAAAUACGUUGUUUAACCUCUGGAGGUUUUCCAAAGCCUCGCCUCUCCUGGUUGGAAAAGGAAAAAGAAUUAAAUGCCAUCAGCACAACAGUUUCCCAAGACCUUCAAACUGAGCUCUACACUAUUAGCAGUGAACUGGACUUCAAUGUGACAAGCAACCACAGCUUCACAUGUCUUGUCAAGUAUGGAAACUUAACAGUAUCACAGAUCUUCAACUGGCAAAAAUCUGAGCCAACACCCUCUCGUUUUAAUCAGCCCUGGUCCUGGAUCUUAAUCCCAGUGGUUGGGAUUUCUGUGAUCUUUGUUAUUGCAGUAUUUUGUUAUUGGCACCUGUGCAACAGACCUGCUGCAAGAUGUAGAGAGAGAAGAAGGAAUGGGGAGAGUAUGGAAAUGACAACAAGCUCCCCUAUUGUCUAA